AGCGCGUGCACUCGAGCGCCAGUCGUCAUUACAAAAGUGCGCCGCGUCGCGUGGAGACGUGCAAUUGCGCUCCAAUUUGAAUCGUUUUCGUUUCGCUUUGUUUCGUUUGAACCCAAGUAAGUUUGUGGCGUGCGCCGUACGGAAUUGCGUGGCGUUGGCUUGUGCUGUGUCGUAUGCUUUUCUGUGCCGUUCAUUUGUGUUCUCUGCGCUGCAGCAUCAGGUUGUAGCGCCAACGUGCGGGGCGCACACGUGAGCUUGUGCCAGUACUUGUGCAUCCAAGGGAUCGCGAGUCGGAACGCGAAAUGUGUCCGCACAUAUUCACAGGAAAUGAAGCGACAAUCACAUUACAAUAAUAGUCAAAAGGCUGGCAGUGGAUAUGAUAAUUACAGCAGCCGAAAUGAAACACGAGAAACAGCAGAUUUAAAUUGGGCAUGUAAAGCGUUCACAGAUCCAAAUACACAAGUAAGACUCGCGAAGAGGCCAGAUUUCGUACAUGCAUGCAUACAUAUCAGCACAUGUGAGCAAACGUAUGGAGACGUAUGUCUGUAUAUUUAAGAGUUGGUAAGUAUCUACAAGAUACUCGCGACUCGCGACCAGUCCACAACCGUCUGCUUGCACGACUGGCCAUCGUACUUUGCAUUCGUAUGCAAAUAAGUCAAAGUCCAUGGCAAAAAUAAUAAUAGCAAAAAAUAUCUGUAGUGUUAAGAAAACAUUACAAUUGACAGUGUGUAUGAAAAAGUAAAAAAUUAAAACAUAAAGCAAAAGUAAAACACAUUUCACCAAACCAAAACAACUGUAACCCACCAGAAGCAGCAGCCAGCAUUGAGAAGCGUCGAGUGCGUCUCUUUGUGUAACAAGCGGCAGUUUCCAAAAGUAAAAACACCGGCAACAAGAGCAAAAUUGCUAUGAAAGAAAAUUAAAAUUAAUAACAAUAACAAUAAUAAUAAUAAGAAUAAUGAAUGCAUAAAUAAACAAUCACUUGCUCUUCACUUCACGGCUGCAAUAACAACUGGGCUAUUUACUUCGAGAUUUGACCUUAAAGCAGCCACAGCUACUUCCUCGAUUAUUUGAGUGUGGAUGGAGUAUUUUUCUUACUGUUAAUAUCGGAGGAAUAAACAAAAUGCCAGAAACUUGCCGAACUUCUGCCACAGAACGCCGAGCGCUGAAUUCAAAUGAAGCGAGCUGGAGGGAGAGUGCCCAAAGUGUUUGCGAUAAUAAACAACGAAUUGCUUGGAGCAGAUUUAAAUGCAACGAAUCGAAAAAAUUGAGACCAGCGACUUCCAAUCACAGCGAAAACUUUAAGAACGAGCCGUUUGACGAGCACUGCGAGGGUUCUAAGAGCCGCUGUCGUUCACUGAGCAGUAGUGACUCCGCGGUCGAAACGAGUAAGGGCUGCUGCUGUCCGAGUCACUCGGAUAGCUCGAAAUCGUGUUGGAAAACCAAGCGAAAACAGAUAAUUCGGCAAAGUUCACAUGCUUCCGGCUUAAACGAAAACGCUAGGACAACCACAGAGGCACCAGUGCAAUCCGCUACAACAACGGCAGCAUCAGCGACUACAUCGCAUUUGGCAAUAUUUCGCGGCCGAUAUGCAAGCUGCGGUGAGCAUACGCUUCUAGCCGGUCCACGAGAUGUGCCACAGAAGAGCGGGCGUGUGAAUAAAAAGACCUCGACAUCGCUGCCAACAACGCCGAACUUGAGUCAUUUGCGACGGCCGAAGCCGGUGCAAUACCAGAAGCUAUCGCUGGAGUCCGCGGAUGUCGAUGAUGCGAGACAGUUGACGCGUUCGCCUAGACAGCCGUAUGCAAACAGCCUGCAACAGCUUCAGAUUUCAACAAAGAAGUUGCAAAAUACGACGAGCGAAAGGGGCUACACGCUGUUGGGGCAACAGCACGCCCAAGCGCACCAACCAGUACGAGAGCAACAGCAGCAGUCGCUGCCGCUGCAACAGCAAAUGAUCAUCGGCAAUGUACUGCCGGCAUUGGCAGUCCAUGGUGAUGGUACCAAUAAAAGGCGGCAUGUACUGGAAGUAGCGCACACAAAGAAAAACGAAUUUAUAUAUGCGAAUAACGACAACAAUAAUACUAACAACGAAAAUUUGAAUGAGAGCUCAUCAGUUGAGCAUCUUCCCACUUUGACGCCUACAGCAUUGGCAACAGCUAGCGAUUUGGCAACGCAACCACUGAUCGAUCAAUACGCCAGCAGCCAGCCGAACGAUCAGAAUGAUCAAAAUAAUGGCCACGCGCCCUUAUUAUUAUCGCGGCUGCCAUCUCACAUGCCACUGUCGGCUCCGCAAUGCUCAGUUAGCACAACGUCGGCAAUACAAACGACUCAACCCGCCAACUCGGCCAACACGGCCCACUCGACAGUUGUUGCCAAAAACACACUGGGCUUUUGUGAACAUUGCUGUGCAGAAAGAAGUAGCAUGGCUAGCGGUGAUUAUUCUCAGGGCGCAUACGCCGAGCGCAAACCGAAUUUCAGUGGUGAGGACUACGCGCGAUGUUAUCGCGAGAACACCGAUUCAGUCUCCGAUCUGUCGUCGUACCGAUUCGUUUCCGAUGAGGAUGAAGUAAGCGCGUGCAUCGCCGCUAACGAAACAGCUGCCACAGAGAAUAAUUCCAACAAUAAAACUAAACUUUACAAUAUCAAAAGAAACAACAGCAAUAGUAAUAACAACAACGUAGCACAAGACAGAAUAUUAGCCAAAAACUGUCGCGUUUUAUCCCCCGCACCGUCGCGCAAGCAAACGCACUCGCACUCGCAUUCGUGUUCGUGUACGUCCCCGCCAACGUCGCCGCCGUUGUCGCCAACACCGUCGGCGCGAACGAGUGGUCUGUUGCCAACAUUGUUGACACCCGCCGCCACACAAACGACAAAAACAACAGCGACGCGUCGUGCUUCCCCCGCCAUUUGUUGUUAUACAAUUGACAAACCCGUCAGCGUACAUUAUAACGCGACUGUUUUGGAAUACAUACCAAAUGAAACAAACACAUUCUUAGUAACACCCACGUCGGGGCAGAUAACCGCAUCAGCUCCUCUGCCAAUUCGCGGCACUUGUACCGCUAGGAGCGCCUAUACCUUACCACCAGAAGCGCGCGACUCUAGCAAAUUCCCAUGUCAAGAGGGUCUCCUAUCUACGUCUUUACCCAGUGAUUAUGGUAGUGUGAGGAGCGCUGCCAAUCACCUGCAGCACACGCCACAGUCGUCACAAAAAUAUAAGCCCCCGCCACCAGAACCACCUCCCAAACCAAAGCACGAAGCAAGAACUAUCUAUCAGACAGCAAUUUAUUCGAGUUCAAGUGCGUCAGUACAAGACCAACUGGGUGUGUUGGAGACGCGUUUCCAUAACGGCGAGCAGAUUUGUAGCAAUGGUCAAAAUAUCCAAAGUAAGGUAAAAAAGUUUGAACAUCCAAGUGUCUUGAUUGAGCCACAAACGCAAACAUCUUCAAGCUAUCUAUCGCCUUUUAUUCCCAAAAGCGUAGGAAAUUAUACGCCUAAUGAGGAUUCCAACAGAACCGAGGAACGUUGGUCACAAUCGUUGCGCUCUCUUGAACGUUCCGUUUCACCAGAACACUGUGAGCUGUUGAGUUGCUUUGGAACGGUUAAAAAUACCCGAAGCGAGUCCGCAAACACCACAACAAAAAUAAAUAAGCUCGACGAGCGACGAGCAGAUGACGCACGGCGAAGCAAAGAAAAUAGCCGCCACGAAGAAGACUGCUUAAAAAGAAACGAUAGAGACAAUAACGACGACAAGGAAACGAAAUUUGUCGCGCGUAGCUUAAGCGAAAGCAGCUGCUCGGUGUCGGUAGCAACGUCGAUUGCCAAUGAAAAGUGUGCCAUCGAAAACAAAAAUAAUCAUCAGCAGCAGAAGCAAAAGGCGCAAUCACAUCCACAGCAACCACGUCACCAACAACAACAGUCACCCGUGCAACCACCAACACCACCGACACAUCACCAUAAUAAUAUUAAUAAUAAACGGCGUAAUUGUGGAGACUCCGAGCAAACUCAACCGAGUGCAGCCAACGGGAAAAAAUCAGCGUCGACAAGUGUUAAUUCUGUCGCCACUGUAACUAACGGUGUGCUCAACGCGUCUGACACAUCUGACACGCACACCGUGUUCAGUGCUGGCAGCAGCGCCUGUGGGGAGUGCAAUAACAACUACAACUGCAGGGCAAGGAGUCACGCGGAAUAUACGCGUUCGGAGCCCGCAUCAUCUGCAUAUCCGUUUACCGCAAGUUCGGAGUCGUCGUGCCAAAGUUCGCAAUCAUCAGUAGCCUACGCAACUUCGCCGUUACUGAAACACACGCUGCGCUACGAUAGUUACGGUCGUUUGAAGUCGGAACGCGUUUCGCGCCUUCCCACCAUCACCAGGUCACUAGCCAAUGGUCGCAAAGCGGCUAGUGAGACGCGUCUGCAUCGUGCAUAUCAAAAUGUCUCUACCACGUCUAAAUAUGACUUGUCCACAUCUUUGUCGGCCACCAAUAUUAAGCUAACACCGACUUUUUGUCGUAAAUUCAAUUAUUUAAGUGACAAAUUUGAAGACUGUGUGGCCGAAUGUGAAGAAUUUGAGUCAGAAAUCGAGUCUACAGUUGUUGAAUGUGAGAACCCCCAACAACAAAAGCGGGACACUAUUGAAAAAGUUGUGCAAAACCUUGUGCCAGCUGUCACCAAUGCGGGACAAAUAGAAGCAAAUACAACAGAUGUAUCUCAAUCGGCACCUGUUCGUAAUGCCAGCACUUGCCUCGAGUUCGACAAACAAUUGGACUUGAAUUUUACAAAGACAGUGCCACCACAACAACAGAUCUAUAAAUCUUUUAGUGAUACUCAAAAUUUUGUGUCUAUUCAUAAAGAGAACCAAGAAAAUAACAAUAACAACAAUAUAACUGGGAGUAAAUCAAAACGCUUUUUUAGUGACUACUCGCUGAAAUCGGACUUUGCCGAGUCAGACAGUAAUUUGCCGUGUCGGUGUUCUGUUAAGCAACUCGCAUCACUGACCGAAGCGAUAUCUCCCACUUCGCCAACGUCACCGAUCUCAUUAAAGUCACCGAAAUCUUCUGGUGGUUUGAAUCAAAAGAAUUCACAAUCUCUGCCAAGUGUUCCACAGUCGAAUGGUAUACAAAGUCCGUUAUGGCUUAGUAGUGAGACCAUCGAAUCGUCGCGCGAGAAAUCUUUUGUCGACGAUUUGCAAUCGAAUUGUAGUGAUCAGACAACAAUCUUUCAUUUGGAUAACGAAUUUUCGCAUUCUGCUACAUCUUUGUCUUCGAAUACACAAACCGCAACUGAGAGUGGUGGCAACACUCUACACAGACCUAUUGUGCUCAAACGCAUUCCAGCCAUACAAUCGUUUGGAUAUAGUCCAUCAAUCGAAACAAGCUCGCUGGGUGCUAAUGCGCCUGAAAACGACGAGAGGGAGAUUAAUAUGGAGAAGCGUAGAAAUACCUUGGAUCGUUUCCAACGUUUGGGUUUUGGUCGGAAGUCGACUCCAGCAUCGAGCGGUGCAUCAGCGGACGGCAGUGGCUCGUCGCGAAAUCGAAAAUCGAACGAAAAAUCCGAAAGACUAAGAGAACUAACUGAGCUACUGCGCGGAAAUAGAUCCUCGCCAACUCCACCGCCUGUACCGCCGCCACGUAAGCCGCGUAAUGGAUCACAUUCGGCGUCGAAUAGUUUGGAGCGGGCAGAUACACAAGUACAUACCCCUGCAGUGAGGACUGCUUCUGCCGGCACCUAUUCCAUUGAAAGCCUCGAGCCGCCAACGUCAUUCACGUCAAAUCGCAUUGAUGAUAUUAUGUUGAUGGACCAGGAGGAGGACCAAAGUGUACACAAGACGAAAUCAGGUGUUGGCGAUUGUGCAAAACAAAUCCAUAAUUCCUCGCUUGUGGCAUCAACCACAGCAGGAGAAGAUGUAGCUAUGCGAACUGGAGCUGCAGUGGCACAAGCAUCAACAAACCGUUUAUACGAUACACUCAAACCAAAUACGAGUCUGUCGAAUUUCGAAUCGUUAAUGAGCAGAGAGAAAUCAAAGUCGCCGCCGCCGCGAUCUUUUGCUAACAUCGUUGCGAGUAGCGUUGUGAAUACGGACGAUGCGCGACUGGCCGACAGUUCAGGUAUAGCUACGAAACUGGCGAGACCAGAAUCUCGCACGGUAAUCGGUUCAUAUACCCAAAAGGGUAUACCGUUUCGGUCGGCGUCGUUUUCACAAAUUGACCUUUCGUCUGGAAAGUACAAAAAGUCUUCGUGGAGCGCAUUGCGUGAUCGGUUGUGGCGUGACAAAGUUGUUGGCUCAGUGGAUUCAGCAACCAAUACGAAAAAGCCAAGUAAUAGUGAAGAGGCGAGAAACGACUUGACUCCUGCAGUAAAAGUCGAAGGGAAAGUGAAGUCCGAACCCGAUUGGAUUUACAUUCCAUUGAAGAAGAAAUCCGAAAUGAGUAUUAAUUUGAACUACGGUCAGGAUAUGAAGAGCUUAGAAUCGCCAGACGUUAUACCGGAGGAAGAUAUAUUUAACACCGAUUUGGAACAUGCAUCAACUACUACAGAAGACUGCAGUGCUGAAGGUUUACAGCACAACCUCAUUAUUGCGCACGCGAAAAUGGAAUCGUUGACAGAUACAAUACAAUCUGAAAAUGACUACACCAUUGAUGCGAAAGAAAUUGCGGUCUCUAUUGAACCAGUGCCGGCAGUUGGGGAGGCGGAGGAAGGUGCUGUUGAAAAAGCCAAAGUGAUUGAACAGCCGACCAUUCUAGAACCCAUUAUUGCCGAUGUUAUCGAACCAAAUGUAGCCACUUUAGUGGAAGAAAGAAUCGCGUUAGAAUCUCCGCCAGACAAUUUGCUGCAGACGGCUACUACAUGCCUUAUACCAGUGCCAGUAUAUGAAUGUGCUGCACAGGAUUGGCGCUUGGAGAAUCCACCACAGGAGUGGGUGGAAGUGCAACCUGAAGAAUUUGGCAUUAUACCGGAAACAAUAGAGCCACUACACUCACUAAACGAUUGUGUGAAUGUGAAACCUAUACCAAAAACCGCGCAGGAGUAUCGUGUGGAAAAUGUACCGACGAUCUCAGUCAGCCGUUCCUCUGAAGAGGCAGAUGAUAAAUGUAUUUUAAGAAGAAAGGACACGUUCGACGAGGAAUUCAGUGAUCUCGUAGAGCGCCGUCAAGCUUCAAUAGAUACUGCAGAGCUCAGUAAACGAUAUAGCCAAGACGAUAUAGAUGUCGGAAAGGAAAAGCGAGCAUCAUUUGAUGCAAUCACUACACGACACAGUGCAGACGAACGUAAACGUAUCGAUAAGUCGAAACGAAGGAAGGGUAUGUACAUUGACAAUGCUGCGUGGAAUGAAGCUGAUAGUGUAGAGGCGCACAAUCGAGGUCUGGCACUGGACAUUUCAUUAGCAACCAACAUGAAUGUGAUUAAGCCGAAUACAUCGGAGGAUUGUGGUAUUAUGUAUAUCAAUAGCCCACCCACUGAUGAAAACAGAACCCCAGGUUCGCUAUACUCACCCGAAAUAAAUACUCCCGAAUCUGACAAACCAUUAGUUUGGACAAAAGCUGAUCGGCUUACUAGUUUUAGUUUGCAAAGCUCCGAAGAAAAGGAUGAAUUACAGAGUGGGAGCCUUAGUGCGGGUAGUGGCAAUGCUGCAUUAGCUGGUCUUUCUCGCAACAAUAAAAGUUUUCCCUUUCUGCGCACAGAUUCGGUGUCUGAUAACGAGAGCGAUCGAGGUACAUCGCAAUGCCGACAACGUGCCAGCCCCAGUCCCGUUCCAGGCGAUUACGAUUUCAAACGAUUUUCCAAACGACCACUACGUGGACCAUAUGGCCAAAUGUUGGAGAAGGAAAUGAAAAAGCCUAAUAAAAUGCACUACGAGGAAAUUUUAGAAGACCUUCGCGAGUCCGAAAUCUCAUCGCAACCACGUCGCCCACGUGCCGCCUGCGAUGACUCCAGCGCCCUUACAACGAAUACAGUGCGCAACAUACCUCACCAUUCGAACUCGAUGCGAGUUCGCAAGUCGAACACAUACCUGCCCGUACCUGCUCACACGCGUGCUGCGUCCACACCUUCCAAAAUAGAGAAUGUGAAUAAAGACAGCGGCAUCGGCAGCUUGGAUAAGAUAAAUCUACAUGAAAAACGCUACCAAAGCACUUUGGAUAACUCCGUGACUCGCGAUGAUAAGAAUUAUCUUGAUGCAGGUCAUCAUUAUGCCCAACAACAUCAUCAUCAGCGUGAAAUAAAACGCGCUGCCUCCGAGGCUCCGGUCCAGAAAAGCCAUCACAGCAAACGCAGCCAGUCUAUGAGUGGUGAGAAAACAGCCUCAGGCGGCAAUCACAUAGCACAUCAAGCGAAGCGAAGCCUCGAUGCGACCACUGGCGCAGGUGCCAAGGCCAAAAGCGGUGCGGGUAAAAACUCAACUGUGGUGCCCUCACAGGAACUGCUGGCCGAGUUGCUGAAAGGCUCCAGCGAAAAGCUGAUAUCUGAGCAGAGGAAACAAAUGGCUGCGGACACACGUACACAUGUGGUGCAGGAGAUCUUACGCAAUGAACAGUCAUAUGUCGAGUCACUGCAAACAAUCGUCUCAAAAUAUUUUAAGGUACUCAAGUCUCCCGAACAUGCUGGCAUGAUCGAUUCUCGCACCGUGGAUGAGAUAUUCUUUAUGGUACCCGACAUACUGGAAAUACACCAAAAAUUCCUGGCUGAAUUGAAAUCGCGUUGGGAUAGUUGGGAGGCAAACCAAAAAGUUGGCGAUGCUUUCCUGGAAACGUUUUCCAAGUUGGAGGUUUUGGAGGUGUAUACAUCUUUUGUGAAUAACUGUAAUCGUGCCAAGAAUGCUAUCCGCUCUACGAAACAUCAGCGACCCUCGUUUGCGAAAUUCCUAGAAAUGACUGCACGUGAGCAUAAAGGCAAAUUGACCCUGGACAAUUUGCUCAUCAAACCGGUGCAGAAAUUUCCAAAUUACGAAAUGCUCUUUCAAAGACUCAUAAAACACACCGAUCGCGAUCAUCCCGAUCAGAAACAUCUGCAGGAUGUGCUCAAGCUUGUUCACGAUAUACUUGUCCAUAUCAAUUGUAAAGAGCGUGAAAUUCUCGAAAAUGGUCAACGCGAGGCGACAUUGCGUGAACUUGAGGGUGUCAUCGAGGGCAUAACAGAUCUGAUAACAUCCGAUCGACAGUUUCUACUUUUCGAUUUGGUUUCGAUGCCAUCGGGUCAAGGGGCGCGCAAAGAGCGUGGUUUCUUUCUCUUUAAUGACCUAUUGGUGUUGACGAGCAUCAAGAAACGCAGCGGCACAAUACGAAAACCCAACCCUUCUACCUGCCCAGGCACCGUGGCCUCAACACUGGAUACCAACAAAUAUAAGUUCCUUACCAAGAUCUCACUGGAUUGCUUAGAAAUCGUGAAGACGAAAGAUGAAAAUGUGAAGCGCAUAAUGAACGAAAUCGAAAAUUUAGCCGAAGACUGUAAUAAGUUACAACAAAUCGCCGAUGUCACUGCAUCACUCAAGUAUCCACACCAGUAUCUGGAGGAUGUCAUACGUGAAUUACUGCGAGAUGUACAGCGUCAGCUAUCGGAGCGUCAGACCAAUGACACACAAUUGAAUAUGCUGGAUCUGCUGGUUAACUCACCGAAUGGAAGUCAGAAACUCUCGAUCGUCUUCAGCAAAGCUGAGAAACGAACACAGUGGGAGGAGACCUUCAAUGAAGCCAAACAGAAGUUGGCUGCCACUCUCGAGCGACAUCCCAUUCCAGAGUUUCUGAUGUCGAUACCGAUACGUAAAACCCGCGCUGGUUUACAGUUCACUUGCGCCGCAGCAACGCUCAGCGAAAAGCGAGACGUGUGGGUGUGCAACAGUGACGGCUAUGUGGGCCAAGUCUGCAUAAUGUCCCUCUACCCGGAACCGAACGUCACUAGCUGUAAUGGCGUCUGCAAUGCGCGCAUACUUUGUGUAGCCUCCGUACCCGCCUACAAUUCGAGCAAUAGAAAUUCCACAGGCAGUGGAACGCAGCUUCAACAACAGGCACAACAAACGCUCCCACGCAGCGCCAGCACCACACCGCAGCACAGUUACACACAACAAUUGCGCGAUUAUCGCAAAAGCAUUUCUCCAAACUUCCAGCCGCCCACAAUGAUUGGCACGCCGGAGAAGAAAAAAACGCCGUCGGCACCGACAGCUGGUGCGGUGAACCCUAUUGGCUCCUGCGUUGGUAAGGACAGUGCAAAUGGUGACACUAGCGGUGACAACCAACUGGAUUUGAAUCUCAGCUCCAGCGAUGACGAAACCGACACAGCUCUAGCGAACGUCAGUGCCUCCGUUGGCGGCGCCGUCAACACUGACAGCGGCACAAUUGAACGCGUACCAAGUCCGGCGCCGUCAACACAGACGAUCGCCUCGAUGACAUUGCCGGGUAGCAGCAGCAGCGGCACGCCAUCGCACCACUCACAUCAAGACUCGAAUCCAGAUGAAGGAGAAGGUAAUUUAUCAACAAUGUGGAUCGGCACGGAAGACGGUUGCAUUCAUGUCUACAAUAGCACCGAUAAUAUACGCAUCAAGAAGAACCGCAUAAAGAUCGAACAUCAGUCGGCUGUGUAUUCCAUAUUGUACCUAGACAAUAGGGUUUUUGUCUCCUUAGCUAAUGGUGAUAUUUGUGUUUACUUGCGUGAUGGUGUUGUCUGGAAUACCAGUUCGUCGCAUUGUCUUUCAAUCGGUACUGUAACAAGUCCCGUUACGAAGUUGCUGAAUGUGCACGGAAAACUAUGGUGCUCCAUUCAAGGCAUCAUAAAGGUUUUAGAUACAGAGACUUUGUUGGUGGUAAACCAAAUACAAAUCUCAUCUGAUUCGAAACCUAUUACCAACAUGACGGUGUCGAAUAAUUACGUGUGGAUUUCGAUACAAAACUCGGCACAUAUCAAGUGUUUUCAUUCCAUGAGCCAUCAGUUAAUAGCCGAAGUUAACUUAGCGCCAGCUGUGAAUAAAAUGCUCUCGAAUUGUGAUGAGAUUAUACGCCAGCACAAGGCCGCCUGUUUGCGUGUCACCUCGCUGCUGUCCUGCCGCGAUCUCAUUUGGAUUGGCACCAGUGCGGGCGUGUUGCUCACCAUACCAGCGCAAGGCUUCGAGAAGGGCGUACAAACUGUGGUGCCCACUGGCAUUCCACACGGCCACACCGGUCAUGUGCGUUUCCUGACAUUCGUAGAGACGAGUGGUCUCAGUGCAGAAGGCAGCGGCAGCAGUACAGGGUCGACGGGACGAGAUAACGAUAGCGCUGUGAGCAGCAAUGAAUACAGGAGUCAUAGUUCCACGAAGCAUAUGAAACCGAAAGCGGAAUCGAGUACCAUACUAGUGAUAUCCGGCGGUGAUGGCUACGAGGACUUCCGUAAUUCGGGUGCAAAUUCGUUAAGUGAAAUCGCCGGCCGCGAAGACAGCACCAAUCAUUUACUGAUAUGGCAAAUUUGAAGUAGGCGACGCAAGAACCGUUGGAAGGAAUUGCUUUCACGGUGGAAAAACAACAACUAGUGGUGGCAGCGUAGUCCGGGCGGAUACCGGCGAAAGCGUGGAAUCAAUCGACACACCAGCACGAGCAUCUAAAAUGCGACGUUGCAGCGACGAGCGAUUCUCACGAAACAGGUGCGAUUUUAUAUUGCGUAACAAGCUUCGCGGGAGCCGACCGUUCACUACAUAAGGAUAAACACAACCCCCAAAACAAACACACAAAUAAACACGCAAAUUGACGAAGUUGUUGGGUAAUGUGAAUGGACAAUUUAUAAUUUGCCAUUUCGAGAGAGAAAGAUUUUGUGAGAGAAUUUAAAUUUUUUUGUUUACCUUUUUGGCGGGAAAAGUGCGCGAAUGUGCGGAAAUGGAAAAUGUGAGAUCGACAGUUGGCUGUUGGAAUUUAGUACUGAUCAGUGAGAUUAAAAUUGCUGAGAAACUCACUUACAUACAACCCUUGGCGUCUACCGUUGACGGCACUUUCGUCACGUGUGUCGAAUUCAAACGAUAACAAUUCGAAAAGCGAUCGUGCAAAACGCUUUUAUCGUUAAGUAAACCAAACCAUGUUUGAAAUCGUGUGUACCUUCAUACAUACCUACAUUUAUAUAUAUAUGUAUAUGUAUGUGCAUGUGCAUACAUACAUAUGUAUACAGGCAAAUGGCGACUGUGAAGUGUUUAUUCACAACAUUUGAGAAUUUGCCUGAAAUCUAAACCUCUUUGCUCCAUUCUAAACAGCUGUUUACAACAUACUCGUACAUAGCUGCAAUGCAUACAUACAUACUUACAAAUAAAAUUAAGAACAAUAUUCCUAUACAUAUAAAUAUAUUUACAUAUUACUUGCAUACAUACACACACAUAUUUUAAUUACAUUUGUAGACUAAAUUACCGCACACACUUUUAUAUGGAAGACCGUUAAAUACUUGCGCACACGCAAACACACACAUACACGUGUGUACAUGCAAAAAAGGCAAAUGAAACAUGCAAAAAGCGGAAAUAAUAAAUUUUAUUGAACUGAAACUGAAUAAUGUGCCAAAAUGUGUUUCCUUUGCUAUAACAAUUGAAAAUUAUGAAAUUUCAAACAAUUACAUAUGUACAUAUAUACAGGCAUACACUAAUUUAUGUACAUACAUACAUAUGUAUCUAAACAAACAUACGCAUAUUCGUAUGUAUUGGAUUUAGACAAAUCAGCUCGGACAGCUCCAACUUGUGGGGUUUGUGCGAGAAACUAUUUUCCUUAUUUAAAAACAAAAACUAAAACAAAAAGAGAAACACAAACAAUCUUUUUUGUAUAUUAAGCAACUUAAAAACGUAGCAGAAUGUAUAAAAAAUAUAUACUAUAUAUGUAUAUAUGUAUGAAUUUAGUACAUAAUAACUGUAUACACACUACUUACAAACAAAUUAAUUGAGAACAAACAUACAUACCUAGAAAAUUAUAUUUAAUGGGCGCAAAUGCAGAGCCCCGGAAAUAUAUAUUUGAACCGAUUGAACAAUAAUAAAAUAAAUCUACUAUUUAAGCACUAUUUACAAUAAACAUUAACUAAGCUGAAACUAAUAACAAAUUAUACUGGUAAUUGUUUAAAAUAAAAUAUUAAAUAAUUAUAUAAAUUAUAUUGAAGGUUAUCAUCAUUGAAGCUAUAAAGUUAAAGUUAAUAAAACUGUAAAAACAGAACUCUUCCAAAAUUAAGUUUUCCAGCGAAAUGUUAUGAAUGUAUAGCUUAUAUAAGGAGUGUUAAGGAGCUCAAGUUUCGAAACUGGCAUGUGUGAUUCAGUGAGAAAUUGCAACUCAAGCUUGACUAAGCUGGGAGUGGUGUGACAUACGUGAGAUUUCGAAAACAAAAAUCAAAAGUAGUUGUAUUUACUUUUAUAAAACUAAGUUGCUGAGUGUUAGCCGCAAGUCUAUAUAAAUGUAUAAAGGUCGCCUUUCUGUCUGUAACCAGUGACGGGUCGAGAUUUGUAACCCAAUCCCCUUUUUUCUACUAAUUAACUGAACUCUUAAGGGAGCUUGACUCGGCUAUAAUCGCAUAAGCGGUGUCUACGCCAAUUAAGAAGAAGAAGAAGGGAGCUGCAAUUUUCCACAACUUUUCGAACUGAAAACCGAACCACUUUUAUAAAAGUUUAAUGUCGGUGCAACAUUUUUACCAAAUGUAAAGUUAACUUUUUGGUAAAUUACAAAUGAUUUAUACAAUACACAUUCAUUUAGCUGAAUUGAAGCGUUUGCGUUGCUCGGAGAAAUAUAAUAAAAGAAUCUGCGAAAAAUUUGAUAAAUUCUGUGCCAAGAGGAUGCUUUAAAUUUCACGUUUGUCUGUACGUGCACACACACACACAAAUACUUAAGCAUUCUUUAUUAUAUGCUGGAUUUAACUUAUAGUAAUCUAAAAACAUUAUUUAAUCUUUUUUGUUUUUGUAGUUCACAUUUGUAUUUAGUAAUUAAUUUGUAUUUUAUUGUAAGAGUUCACAUAUUUUGGUUAUGUUGUUGUGUACAAUUUUGUUCAAUAACUUGUAAAAAUAAAUACUUAAAUAUACGGGAUAAUACUAAGGCACUUCAGUAACUGGACAAUCGCAAAAGUUUGUGUUGCAAGUCUUCCACUUACAAGAAACUAGAAAAUUUACAACACUCACCAGAAAUGCCUUUCGCUAACUGUUAUGUUAUGUUUCUAUGUUCAAUAUGUUAUGCUUGUUUCUUAGAAUUUAACAUAAUAACGGAGGCCGAUAAUCUUGCCGAUAAUUAGACCACAAUCAACCAUUUAGUUGCAUUUAGAUUCUUAGCAGUUCCGAAUUCCGAGGCUAUUUUUGAAGAUUGUCGAAAUUGUCCUUUCGUAUUGAUCAGCAAUAAAUGAUGUAAGCUUUCUAAAAUUUCCCAUGUAAUCUUAAACUGAAAAGAGUGUCUGCGACCGACUUCAUUGAGAAUUAUUCAUAAAUAAUUGCACAUCUAUUAUUGUUGUGCUUUUAUAGUGGCAUGACGCAAUGAUAAAAUGUUGCCGAGGUGGAAGUUUGAAGUGAACUCAAAUAGGGGUCAAUCAGUUUAUAUGCAGAGAUCUGACUAUUCCUUUUUAAAAAUGAUGCUUUCGCUUAAAGUAUCAAGUAUUCGACUAGCUGUUUCAGAGAAGUUAAGUUCCUGUCGAAUUCUUCGGUUAUGUAUUCAGACUGAGUUUUACGGCAAGUUUCCUUUAACAAGAAGUAAACCUACACUCAAAGUUAACAAAAGAAACAUUCGAAUUAUUGCAAUAUUAAGUUUUUUCUGUUCGGCAACCUGACAGUUGUUGUGGUCCAGCUGGGUUGCCUGUUAUGUUGAAACACCCGUUGUUCUCGUCAUUUUUGUGUGCACUCUUGUACGUACGAGCAUCUCCCGUAUCUUCAGAACUACUAAAAAAACAUACAUACAUACUUACAUAUAUGGACAGACAAUUUAUGUGGAUAGAAAAAGUAAAGAAUUUAGUAUAAAACAUUAAUAUAUUGAAGUUGGUUAACAUUAACGGAAUAUUAAAUUAAACAAUUAAAUUAAACAACUAAAAAACACAUUCGUAAAUCAAUGUAAACUUAACGAGUUAAAUGCAUAAAUGUUUAAACAAAUACCUUUGCUACUGAAUCUUAAUCCAAAAAGCUAAAAAAACAGUAAAUAAAACAACCAUAUUAAACAAACCGUUAAAUUUUAAAUAACAUUUAUUGCAUUGAUAUUUUACCGGUAUCAAGAUGAAUAUAUAAAUAUACAAAUACAUACAAACAGUUGUAAAUUGAGGCCAUAGCCGGGCAAAAGAAAAUAAUUGAAAAUAUUUAAAGUUUCUUAUACAAAAAUAAACGGUUGUUUUCUAAUUUUCUAUGAAGCAUAACAUUUGAUAUCAUCAUUUUAUUGGAACUUUUAAGACUUUAUAUAAAGAAAUAAAAACAUAAAUGCAAAUUUAAACGAGCAAAGACUUGCAAAAAAAUAAUAAUUCAUAAGCAAAUAAUUAUAUAAAAUUGUAUUGUAAAUUAUAUUAAUUAAGUACGCAUGUAUGUAUAUUUGUAAUUUUCAACGGUAAAAACACUUACUUAAGGAUUUUUGUGUCAGGCAAAGUUCAAAAGCAGUUUCGAAGUAGUUCUACAUAUAUGAUUGUACUCAUAUUUCGUAUUCGAAAUCAAAAAUCUCACUUCACUAUUAAAAAAAUCUAUAUUCUUAUUUUUCACUUCACUGUAUAUAUGUAUGUAUGUACAAAUCUCUAUCUAGACGUUUUUCUAAAGCAUACUUAUCUGAUAAUUCGAGCCUGUCUUCAUUUGCUUUGACAACCUCAGUGCUUGCACGUACUUACUUACAUAUCUGAACUUUUGUGUCCGCUUUCACUUGCAUUACUAACGGUAUUGGCAUGAUCCCCAACAAUAGCUGCUUGAGCUUUCAAACUCUCAAUACACAUACAACGUAAAGCAUUACAUGUAGUACUUACACCAACAACAGUAAACAACAAUAUAUCCAUACACACAUACAAAAUACAUACAUAUGUAUAUAAGAGUGCACAUAUGUACUUUGAGCUACAUACAUUUGUAUUAUGUACAAAUGGUGGUUUUCAGCAGCAUCAGAGGAGUUGAAUUUACCGUUAAACCGAUAUACAAUAUACAAACUGGAGAAAUACCAUACAAAAAAAUAAUAAAUAUUUGAUAUUUUCGAUGUGAAUUUAUUGCAUUCAUUUUGUGUAUUUGUAAUGUAAUUAGUUGGUAUUAUAUUUAAUAAGAAGUAAUGUAAUGAUAGGCGAUGCGUUAAUGCGUUAAUUAAUAAUCUCACUUAGUACAUACACACAUACAUAUGUACUUACUAUCUAUUUUGAAGAAGCCGAACGGAUUUGACGAAAUAUAUGUAUGUAAAUCGGUGAUUAAGUUAUUAUUGUUGUAUUGUAUAAAAAAUAAAUUAAGUGUUGUUAUAUUCUACAUACAUACAAACAUUUACUACUUAUAAAUACAUACAUACAUAUGCACAUGCUCGCACACAUGGAGAAUACAUUGAUUAAUAUGUACCUACAUAUGUGCUUAUGUAUGUAAUUGUAUAUUUGGAGUGUUUUUGAUAAAAUUGCAAUCUACUAUGUCAGUUCAGUUGAGAAUGCGGAGUGUUGUGAAGAGACGUGAGUGAAAUAAGAUUUGACUACUGAAAUUUAAAACUAAUAAAAGCACAAGUGAUUUGGAAAGUGGUUAUGGCGGCUGCUUAUUGUAAGAACCGAUGAAAUAUUUAAUAAAAAAUAAAUUAAUUGAGUUGAUUUGUUUAUGAUG